GGGCGUCACCAAGAACUGUUAAAAUACAAUGAAAGGACGUCCCUAAUGUUAUUGUGCAACAGAACACAGAGGAAGUGUGUUUUAGAAAGACGCGGGGCUUUGCUGUCUUCUAAGCCAACCUGUAAACCACGCCCCUUUCCGGUUCAUGCGCCGUUUGAUGGAAGUUAAAUACACCGACAGCAUCGUCGAGCAGUAGGACUUCAACAGAAUACAGCGCUAGACUGACAGCUGACUUACAAUGAUCGAUCUCCCAUCUCUGUCCGUCACCUGGAGCCUGGUGCUUCUGCUCCUAACACUUUUCUAUAUUUAUGGUGUUUGGCCGCAUGGAUUUUUUAAGAAACUGGGAAUCCCAGGACCAAGGCCUUGGCCUUUCUUUGGAACAUUUCUCUCAUACACUAAAGGUUUUUUCAAUUUUGAUAUGGAGUGUGCAAAGAAGUAUGGAAAAGUUUGGGGGAUCUAUGAUGGAAGGCUCCCAAUAUUAAUGGUCGCUGACCUGGAAAUGAUCAAAGCGAUUAUGGUGAAAGAAUGUUAUUCUACCUUCACUAACAGAAGGGAAACAAAUGCAGGUCUCGCUGGCCCCUUUGCUGAUGGCAUAACUAUAGUUAAAGAUGAGAGAUGGAAGAGAAUACGCAGUUCACUCUCUCCAUAUUUCACAAGUGGUCGACUGAAAGAGAUAUUUCCCAUAGCUGUGACACAUGCAGAUCGAUUUAUUAAAAAUAUGCAAAAGAAAGACAACGAGCAGCCAGUUAAAGUGAAAGAAGUUGUGGCUCCGUACAGUUUGGAUGUGGUCACCAGCUCUUCCUUUAGCAUCGACAUGGACUCCAUAAACAAUGCAGAUGAUCCUUUCGUUGCUAACAUCAAAAAGUUUUUAAACUUCAGUUUAUUCAGUCCUCUCUUUCUGAUUUUAGCUUUAUUUCCCUUCCUUGCAAAUAUUUUGGGGAAAAUGGGCAUAAGUCUUUUUUCAAAGUCAUCUAUGGAGUUUUUCUAUAGCGUCCUGAGAAAGAUUAAGGAUGAGCACAGCAAGGAAUCAAAUGAUCGAGUAGACUUUCUCAAACUCAUGAUCCAGAAUCAAAUACCUGAUAAAAAAUUCGAAGACACAGAAGAGCAACCAGCAAAAGGACUAACAGACCACGAGAUUCUGUCCCAGUCCUUCAUUUUCAUUUUCGGAGGUUAUGAGACGACAAGCACCACUCUCACUUACCUCCUCUAUAAUCUUGUAACUAAUCCUGACUGCCUGGAAAAGCUGGUUGAGGAGAUUGACACAAACUUCCCUCUUGAUACUCCCAUCACGUACGAUGCAUUGAUGAAAAUGGAUUAUUUGGAAAUGGCCAUCAAUGAAUCAAUGCGUCUCCUUCCCACUGCACCACGCUUAGAAAGGGUCUGCAAGAAGACCGUGGAGCUCAAUGGGGUGACCAUACCAAAGGACACUCUGGUUGCAAUUCCUACAUAUGUUUUGUGUCGUGAUCCAGAGCUCUGGGAGUCUCCAAAUGAGUUCAGGCCAGAGAGGUUCAACCCAGAAAGUAAGUCAGAGAUUAACCAGUAUAUUUUCAUGCCUUUUGGACUCGGGCCUCGAAAUUGCAUUGGAAUGAGAUUCGCCCUAAUGAUCAUGAAGCUUCUUGUGGUGAAGCUGCUUCAGAACUUCAGUUUGGAAACAUGUAAAGAGACACAGAUUCCUUUACAGCUGAAUGCUAUGUUUCAGCCAAAGGUUCCCAUCACACUGAAGUUUAUACCAAGAUCUCACAAGGCAAAAGAAUAAUUAAAAUGCAGAUAAUUUCAUAUAAUUAUGCAGACUAUAUUAUACAAAUUAUAUUUGUUGUAAAAAAAAAAAAAAUAAUUACCUAAAUAUUUUUUUUUAUAUUACAUUUUUACACUGUAUUUUUGAAUUGGUCUUGAUUGUUUGGUUUUGGAUGGAUGGUUGUGAUAUUUACUGGACCCUGAGCUAUUCCUGAUUUAUUCACUUUGUGUCAUGUGCUAUGUCAAAUGUAAAAAUACACUAAAAUGGUUUAACAAGA